AUGCCCGGGUUUGUCUUGGAAGAACCAUUCCCUUUGGCUCGCUUUCAUAAUACUGUAGGCGAGCACGACAGCAAACAUUUUGUUGUUGGUCUAAAUGCACUAGAUAAUGAAGCUUCUGAAGAUGCUGAUUUUGUCGCCAUUACUGUCCAAGGUGAAGGCUUCAAGAUCUACAACACAUCAGAUCAAAAAUGUACGAAAUCAUGGACAACACCACCUGGUAUUGCUUUUGUGGGUCCUGCUACCCAUAUCGAUGGUGGUAGAGAUACAGAUGCUGUGGAUUAUACGUAUGCCAUUGUUGCCUCUGGUCCUGAUGUACCCAAGACAGAAGAACGCAAAACUGUCUUGUUAUGGAAAAACACCAAAAAUGGAGACAAUGAAGAAUUAGAUAAGACAACCAAGACUUUUGAUGAACAUAUUUAUGCUAUUCAUGCUUCACCUGCUCUUUCUUCGCAUGUCAUUGUGAUUAGUGAACAUGGAUCGAUUGAAUUAACUACUAAAGACUUGGAUCGAUCCAUUGCUAAACAAAAAGCUGCUGCUAAAAGUGGUUCUGUCUUUUGGUCUACUGUGUUUGUCACAUCCAAUGCUCAUUGUUGCAUUCCUUCUUCUAUGGUGCCUGCUAUGUCUACCAUGGUUGUUACUGUCAACAGUGUACCUGGGUCUGAUACAUUUGUGUUGAAACUAAACUAUGUCAAUAUUGAGCGUAGAAGCAUUGAUGUUUUGUCCAGUAUGGAGAUCAAAUUGGCUGAAAAACCUGCUUGCUUUACUUUGGAUCCCUCAGAUGGUCGCUUGACUAUCUUGAGUGUGGCUGGUACUUGGGCUGUCUAUCGUAUGCAACUUCGACACAGUUCUUCUAAAAAGAUCUCGGGUGUCUUGACUGAACACGUCUCUAUUCAAUUACAUGGUUAUCGUUUCCAAGAUGAAGCAUUGGGUACUAUUGCUUCAGUCACACCUUUAUCCGAUAGCUAUGUAGCUAUGAUUGCCCCUCGAACCAAAAAGAAUGAAGUAGAGCAUGUUGUCAGUGUAUGGGAUGUCAAGUACGGUACUUUACAAGCCGAGCAAUUGAUCAAGAUGUCAGAAAAGAACACUUUCAAGGACACUUGUAGUUACAGUAUUGCUGUCUUGCCUAAUUCUCAUCUUGCUGUCACCGUCUCUUCUGUGGCUACCAAGGCAUCUUCCAAGACAGCCAAAUCCGCCAAGAAGAUGGUCGAUGCUAACUCGGUUGUUAUGCUGUGUCCUUAUUACAGUGAACCUGUCUCUUUGAUGGCUGCUAUGGGUAAAAUGAAAGACACAGUUGAAGCCAUGGGUAUCAACACAAGCCUUGAUUCAGAUGAAAAUAUUGGGUAUGCACGCAGUGGUAAAGAAACCGUAGGCCGUGAUUUUGGAUUCAAUGCAGAUGAAACAGCCGAGGUUGCUUAUGACCGAUGGGUAUCUCGCUUGGAAAAACAUCAAAAGAAUGAAUCCGUUGCCUUGGCCAAAUUGGUGGCUCAACAAGACAUCACGGCUGAUACAUUCACCACUGUCUUUUUUGACUAUGCACGAGUGACUUUGAAUACAGAAUCCAGCAUGCCAGAAGCCAAUCUUGAUCCAUUGGCUGCUCAAACCGAACAUUACCGUCAUGCUAUGGCUCAUAAAUAUGUAUCUAACAAGAAACAAGUUGAAUUGUCACAAUUCUUUAUUUCUCAUGUGAUUGGCAAGUGCUUUUCUAGUCAAGACUUUUGGCCAGUGGAUGUUGUGUUGUAUCUGAUGUCUAAGUCAUUAGUUCGCAGUAACUACACAGAUAAGGGCAUUGUUCGUUCUUUAUUAGAAAGAAAAGAAUGGGCUUUAGUGCCUCUUGUGUUGGAAAAAGUACAGGAUAUACCUGAAAAGGAUUUGGUGACAUUGAUCAAGGCACUUGUCGAACUCUAUAACACACAGCAAGAAGAAUGGAAAGAGCGAUUCAGUCCUUACUUGAAGAUGGUCAUCACUGCUCCUCGGAAUGAUAUCUUUUUACAACAAUCUCUUGGUCGCAUUACUGCUUCUGAAUUAGCUAUUAUUUUAUCCACUGUUCUGGACUGGUUGAAGGACACAUCCUCUGCAUUAAGCAAUCGUAGUAGUAUUGUUGAUUUCGUGAAUAGUAUAUUGGAUGUACAUUUCCCUACGAUUAUUUUGGAACCUACCCUUCAACAAAUGGCUCAUUCAUUACGUGAACUUGUAAAGAACGAAAUUCAAGUGAUUGACGAUCUCGAACAAUUAAGAAACAUUUUGGGUGCCUAUGACCGCAAGAACAAACACACAAAUGCUAAGCGUAUUGAAAGACAAACAAAGGACAAUGCAGAUGCACCUGUGGACGAAUUAACCAAAUUCCGUAAGAAAAAUAAGGGCAAGUUUGGUGGUGAGCAAGGUAUACCAGUCUAUAGAGUGGAAGUGUUUCGAUUUUGA